GAGAGAGACUCCGUGCCUCCGAGCCUAUUUUUUUCCAUCGUCUGCAGAGGAGACACGCCGGGUCUGUCCCUGUGCACCUGGACUCUCUCUGUCCGUCUGUCUGUCUGGGGUUCAUUUCUCCUCCUUUACCAGAUGGAGGAGGAUCUGCAGACCUUGUCGAAGUCCUCCUGAGCUGCAGCUGCAGGAUCGAGCCGACGGUCGGGACGUGCCUGGACCGGAGGCGCUCGGCGUUCGGUCCCGGUGUGAGGAGCAGUUUACCGAGGUAGAAGCUGGAAAAGCUCUGCAGAUGGGGAAUGAUGCUGCCGGUCUCCAGGUUUAAAUGUCAGCCCUUGAUAACCACCCCCACACCUUGGCUGCCCAUUAACAGUGACCCUGCCCCUCAGUGCUUGUGGUUGGCCAGCUGGUCAGCAGCAAGAUACCAGUCCACACCUCCUCUGGUACUCUAUUCCCCCACCUGGUGGAUACCUGAAUACACACACCUGGUACAGUGGGAAUGUCCAGCUGUUGAAGUCAUUCCUUUACUCCCACCGUUCUAUCGGUCUUCACCUCUUCAUCCUCAUCACCCUCUCCCAAAGCUCGGUGAAGGCUGGAUUUCACCAGAGGAAGUGGACAUAUUCCAGAGGAGAGACAAACCGCACCUACUAACCAAUCAUAUUAUACAGAGGCCAGAUGGACAUGCACACAGGUCACGCCUGCUGUUGCCUCCAUCGCUGCUCUCAGUUUGUUUUAGAAAAGACGUUUCAAAGACCAGAGACACUGAGUCAGAAAACUCUUCAGCUUCAUCAUCCCACUCCUCUGUCCUCCCAGUGCCCCUCGUCUCUGUGUCUCCAGUCCACCUGUCUCCCUGUCCUCCAACAGGUGGAACUUGCUGUGAAUGGAUGGGACUUCACACAGAGAAGGAGGAAUGGCUUAUCAAUCAGCCCCGUCAGCACCAAAGAGGGGAGUGGCUACGUCCAAUACUCAGCCAUGACAGAAGAGAGUCACCACCUAUACAGCACUAUAUACUUGGACCUGUCUAUCCAUCUCAACUCUACUCUACUCUUGACAAGUGGCCUGCCUUUCCUCUUGAUGUGAUGAAAGAAGUCCAACCCUCUUUUUGGCCGCCAAGGUUUUUUUCUAAAUACACUCUGCUGACAAACUUCAGACACAAGAAGCAAGGGAUGCGACAAGGAAAGGUUUCUUAUGGAGGGGCAUUGCUGCUGAGGACAAAGAAAAUGACGGACAACAACAAACAGUGUGUUUGUGUGUCCAUGCCCAGAGGAGAGGGAGAAGAGGAGGAAGAGGAGGAGGGAAGUGAGGAAGGAAGGAAAGAUAGGCGCCCUGUCGCAUCCGCUCCUGUCCCAGGGUCGCCAUGGUGUGUGGUGUGGACCAAGGAUGACCAGGUGUUCUUCUUCAAUCCAACAAUCCACCUAUCUGUCUGGGAGAGACCAGAAGAAUUAAUGGGUCGAGACAUCAGCAGAAUUAUUGAGGAUCCACCCCACAAGAGGAAGAAAAUGUGUCUUGCUGGCAGAGGCUCCAGCUGUCAGUCAUCUGGCCUCCAUGGUAAUGGUCAUAGUGAAGAGGAUGACAAUAAACACAGGUCAAAGAAGAACAGAACAGAGGAGCCAAUGUCCCUGGUUCCUCAUCCUGGAGAAGUUAAGCUCCUUCCUCUGGAGCUUCGGAUUGCUCACUUUAGGGAGAUGAUGCUGGAGAGAGGGGUGUCAGCAUUCUCAUCUUGGGAAAAGGAGCUUCACAAGAUGGUAUUUGACUCACGUUACCUGCUGCUGACUCCAGAUCAAAGGAAACAGGUGUUUGAUCAGUUUGUGAAGAGCAGACUGAAAGAUGAGUACAAAGAGAAGAAGAAGAAACUACAGAAAGCAAGAGAAGAGUUCCAACAGUUGCUGGAGGAGGCCAAGAUAACCAGCAGGUCAACCUGGAAGGAGUUUUGUGCUCGUUACCGUGGAGACCAGCGUUUCAAUGCCCUCAACAGGAAAAAGGAACAGGAAGUUCUCUUUACCCAUUACAUCACUUCUUUAAAGAAACGAGACAAAGAGAACAGAGCACGGCUGAGGAAAAUGAGAUGAGAAACUAAAUCUUACAGAACCAUCUAGAACCUUUCUAGUACCUACCAAGGACCAUCCAAAACUAUUAAAACCACUUUCCAGGACCUCUGGAUGAUGUUGGGGUUAACCCUGUGCGGGCUGCCAUUAAUAGAUCCUGGUUUCAGACAAGUUCUGUUAGAGGAAUGUAUACCAGGACCAGACCAGAAAUCAACUAUAACAACAUUUAGAGCACAAAAGUAGGUGUUCAUCUGAAAGACUUAUUAUGGUGUGGUCCAGAUUCAUUUGUGUAGGUCCUUCUCUACAGGUUUGCCAGUCAUUGUUGCAGUUUAAUUUGGGUAAGGGUUAGGGUCCACAACUGUAACUAAGCACAUUAGAAGUAAAGCAUUUUGACGCACAAGUAAAGUAGCAAAUGAUGUAAAUGUUGUUAAUGUUUUAUUUCUUAACAAAACUCUGGAUUCUUAAGACAGUAAAUCACAUACCAGAUGGUUAUAUCCACAUGAGGGAGUUAGAAACUGAAACCUUAAGUGGUGCUUCCAGUCAACAGACUGACACUGAGACAGACCAGGUCUCAUACCACAUCAACUAGGAACCAUACAGACCAGGAACCCGACAGACACGCGUGACUCUAAAUACCACGACAUCCAUGAGCCUGAACUGCUGUUGCCAUGGAAGAGAAUCCAGGGGUGAAGUACUUCUCCACUCUGCUGUUUAAAUGUUCUCAAGAUGAUGAACCUGACGUAUCUCUGUGUCUGCUGUGUUUAGUGCGAACGUGUUUGUUGUCAUGAUCCAGCUGUAACCCCCACCCUCUGUCACCUGUCAGCAUAUGUCAUUGGACAGGUUUAGUGUGCUCAGUGCUCAAAUUGGAUAUUUUAUUUUUUUGUGUCCAGAUUUCUGUCAAUGGUGUCUUUGUUCUCAUGGGUUAGGGUUGAUCUCUCUUCUGAUGUUUCAUUGGCUGUUGUUCAUGAUGCCCCCCCCCCGCUUUUUUUUAAAUUUAAAUAAAGUGUAAAAGUAUG